UAUGAGCAGUCCCUCGGUCUUCUUGUCUCUGGUCUUGCCUUGUCUGUUUCUCAACGUUGUUCGUGGCGCCCCUGUCGAACCUGAGUUACCGGCGAUAUCUUCAUCGGGUGCCGCCGCUUCAAUCUCUGUGACGCUGGAUGGGCUGACAUAUGUGAAUAAGGGUCUAGUUGGUUUUGGGUUUAUUCCAUCCAACGUUCUUGAAUCCACAGGGGAUACUAUAGGCGGCAUUGGUAGCGCGAUUGCGAUAAAACGUGGAACCUGGACGAAGAACGCGAAUGGGACCUUUUCUGGUAUCCUCGUAGUCCAUCCUGAUCGUGGAUUUAAUGGUGACGGCACUGUCGACUACCAAGCCCGUCGACACGAGCUGAAUUUCAUCCUGAAUCCUUACGAAAAUUCUGCCAAACUCAGUUUUUCGGCGUCUCAGCAGACAUUGAACGUCACAUACGCCAACACCAUUCUUGAGUCUGAACGUAGCGACACCAAAACGAGCGGGUUAGACCCGAACGCGAUCCGGCCAGCGCAAAGCGGGUUCCCCACAGACCCGAGCGCCGACCCUCAAGUUCCUAUUGCCUCCAGCAGCGAACCCCACCUGACAUUGGAUGUAGAGGGACUCGUCUUGAACGCGGAUGGAUGGUAUUGGAUUAGUGAUGAAUAUGGCCCGUAUAUCUACCGCUUUAGUGCCACAGGUCAGCUAAUGCAAACGAUCCAACCUCCAGACACGGGCCGAGCAGCAAAUCAGGGCUUCGAAGGCUUAACAAUUGAUCAGACGACAAAUACGCUGUAUGCUAUGCUCCAAUCAGCAACGAUUCAAGACGGGGGCGAUGACAAGACUACAUCGCGUUAUACUCGCCUUUUCGCAUAUGACGUUUCGGCUCCGACGGUCAGUGUGCCCUUCCGUGGCGAAUGGGUAGUCCCGUUGCCGCAGAGUGACAAGGGAAAGACUCUGGCCUGUAGCGAGAUUCACUUCCUCGGAAAUGGCUCCUUCCUAGCUCUCUCUCGGGAUGGAGACGGAAGAGGCGGGGGCGACAAUAAGUCGAAAUACAGGCAAGUGGAUCUCUUUUCGAUUUUGCAAGCCACCAAUAUCAAAGGAACAAAGUUUGACGACCCCGCCAAUCCUGUCGCAAAGAAAGGGAAACUUGACAAGAGUAUCACCCCUGCGACGUAUGUUUCUUUCGUGGACUUUCUGGACAAUACGCAGUUAAGUCGGUUCGGUCUUCACAAUGAUGAUCCGAAUGACCAAACAUUGAUCGAUACCAAAUGGGAGUCGCUGGCGUUAGCGCCUGUCGGCGACUCUGCGUUUCCAAAUGACUACUUCCUCUUUGCCGCGGCGGACAAUGAUUUCGUUAGCACUCGUGGUGUAUCUCUCGGCGUUCCUUUCAAUGCAGGUCUCGAUGUCGACAAUCAGUUUCUCGUGUUCAGACUUACACUCCCUAGCGUUCCUCAAGGAAGCGUAGAGUCGACGUUGGGGAUUUG